AUGUCUGCAAGUCAAAGCCACAUCAACCCCCUCCUUCUUUCUGCUGCGACAUCUGAGGAGAUAUCUAAAGCUCACAUGAACACCCCCCUCAGUACAUCUCAAGCCAACGUCACCUCGCCCCUUGAAACCGCGUCUACAGCUGCUCUGUCAACUGCUCCGUCUGCCGCUCUUCAUUUCCUUGCACCCCCUCCCGAGUUAUCUUAUGCAACAAGGACGCAACAGUGGGCCUUGGAGCAUGGAGAUCUGCCCUUCCAUCUCUCUGAGCCAGAUCGUACUGAGAGAUCUGCCCUUCCAUCUCUCUGA